AUUUUGACUGCAGUCCUUCUAGGACUCGUCCUGACUCCAGCCUUUGGUGAAUAUUCUCAGCAGAGUGAUAACAACUGCCAGAUCUCUGUUGGUGGAGUCUUUCAAAAUAUGACCAUCAGUAGUCAAACCCGUGUGGCAGUUUUUGAGCAAAGAAGCAACGAUUUGUCAUGGAAAACCAUCUGGAACUACAACACGGGCAUCAUUGCAACCAAAGUGAUGCAACAGAACACCUGCUACAUUUCCAUCAUGAACAAAAACAAGAUGCCCACGUUUGACGCUCUCUUCAGACUGGCCAGUGAGAGCAGGGUAAGAUUAAAAGCAGAAGUUGCCUUGGUUGUUGUGGAGUGA